CGGUGCCCGCUCGGGGCCGAUCGCAACCGCCGCCGCCGCCGCUGCGCCAUGGCCGGGAGCGGGAGCGGGGCCCGGGGGAUGCUCCUCGCCCUCUGCAUCGCGGCCGCCGUCCUGCCGGGCCGCGCCGGGGAGCGGCUGCACGUCUGCAAGGAGUCCGAGUACCACUACGAGUACACGGCGUGUGACAGCUCGGGCUCACGCUGGAGGGUGGCUGUGCCACACACCCCGGGACUCUGCACCGGGCUGCCGGACCCCGUCCAGGGCACCGAGUGCUCUUUCUCCUGCAAGGCAGGUGAGUUCCUGGACAUGAAGGCUCAGGCGUGUAAACCCUGCGCCGAGGGCACCUACUCGCUGGGCACCGGCGUCCGCUUCGACGAGUGGGACGAGGUGCCCCACGGCUUCGCCAAUGUGGCCACCAACCUGGAGCUCGACGACAGCUUCAGCGACACGGUGGAGAACUGCACAGGCUCGACGUGGGUGCCACUGGGGGACUAUGUGGCCUCCAACACGGACGAGUGCACGGCCACGCUCAUGUACGCCGUCAGCCUCAAGCAGUCGGGCACCGUCUCCUUCGAGUACAUUUACCCCGACAGCAGCAUCGUCUUUGAGUUCUUUGUGCAGAAUGACCAGUGCCAGCCCACGGUGGAGGAGUCGCGCUGGAUGCGGACGACGGAGAAGGGAUGGGAGUUCCACAGCGUGGAGCUGAGCCGCGGUAACAACGUGCUGUACUGGCGAACCACAGCCUUCUCCAUCUGGGCCAAAGUCCCCAAACCGGUGCUGGUGAGGAACAUCAGCAUCACAGGGGUGGCUUAUACCUCCGAGUGCUUCCCCUGCAAACCCGGGACGUACGCGGCGGCCGCCGGCUCCUCCUCCUGCCAGCUCUGCCCCGCCGACACCUUCUCCAGCAAAGGGGCCACCGCCUGCCAGCCCUGCGAGCCCGCUGCCUACGCCGAGCCCGGCUCAGCAUCCUGCAAGCUGCGCCCGCCCUGCACCGACACGGAUUACUUCUACACCCACAGCGCCUGCGACGACAACGGGGAGACUCAGCUGAUGUUCAAGUGGGCAGAGCCGAAAAUCUGCAGCGAGGAGCUUCCCGAAGCGGCCAAACUGCCGCCGUCCGGGGUGAAGAGCCGCUGCCCGCCCUGUAACCCCGGCUUUGCCCAGGGCAACGGCAGCUCCUGCCAGCCCUGUCCCUACGGCUCCUACUCCAACGGCUCCGUUUGCCUCAGUUGCCCGGCGGGCACGGAGCCGGUGCUGGGCUUGGAGUACAAGUGGUGGAACGUGUUACCCCCCAACAUGGAAACCACCGUCCUCAGUGGCAUCAACCUGGAGUACAAGGGGAUGGCAGGCUGGGAGGUGGCUGGGGAUUACAUCUACACGGUGGCAGGAGCCUCUGAUAACGACUUCAUGAUCCUCACACUGGUGGUCCCAGGCUUCAGCCCUCCAAGCCCGGUGCUGGAGGACACAGAGAGCAAGGAGGUGGCCAGGAUCACUUUUGUCUUUGAGACCAUCUGCAGUGUCAGCUGUGAGCUCUACUUCAUGGUGGGCAUCAACUCCCGCACCAACACGCCGGUGGAGACGUGGACAGGCUCCAAAGGGAAGCAGUCCUACAGCUACAGCGUGGAGAAAAAUGCCACCACGAGCUUCACGUGGGCUUUCCAGCGCACCCCCUACCACGAGGCGGGCCGGAGAUACACCAAGGACGUGGCCAAGCUCUACUCCAUCAACGUCACCAACGUGCUGGGAGGGGUGGCAUCGUUCUGCCGGAGCUGUGCCCCCGAGCCAGCGGGUUCCUGCGCCUCGUGCCCCCCUGGGAACGCUGUGGACCAGAGCACAGGCACCUGCCAGCCCUGCCCACCCGGCACCUACCUGCGGGGUCACCCCUCGGACGGGCCCCCGGCCUGCCAGCCCUGCCCACCCGGCACCAUCAGCAACCAGCUCCGCUCCCUCUGCUACAACAACUGCAGCUUCUCCCUGGCACUGCCGGGCCGCAUCCUGCACUACGACUUCUCGGCGCUGAGCGCUGGCACAACCUUUGCCAGCGGCCCCAGCUUCACUGCCAAGGGCCUCAAGUACUUCCAUCACUUCAGCAUCAGCCUCUGUGGCAACCAGGGCAGGAAGGUGGCCUCCUGCAGUGACAACGUGACGGAGGCGCGGCGGCCGCUGGCCGAGGGCGCCGGUGCCCGCCGGGUGCUGGCCUACGUGUGCCAGGCCAUCCUGGUGCCCCCCGACGUCAUGGGCUCCAAGGCAGCCGUGUCCUCGCAGCCCGUCAGCCUGGCUGAUCGCCUCCUGGGUGUCACCACCAGCCCCUCUCUGGAAGGCAUCACCUCCCCCCCUGAACACUUCCCCUCUGCCCCCCCCGACCUGCCCGACAUCAUCUUCUUCUACAGGUCCAACGAUGUCUCGCAGCCGUGCGGGGGGGGCCGAGCCACCACCAUCCGCCUGCGCUGCGACCCGCUGCGCCCCGGCCCCGGCACCCUGGCUGUGCCCAGCAAAUGCCCCGAGGGCACCUGUGACGGCUGCACCUUCCAGUUCCUGUGGGUGACGGGGGAGGCCUGUCCCCGCUGCUCCCCCGACCACUAUCGCCCCAUCGUGGGAGCCUGUCUGGGGGGAGUCCAGAGAACCACGUACGUGUGGCGGGAGCCGCGGCUGUGCCGUGGGGGCCACUCGCUGCCGGCCCCGAGCGCGCGGCGCUGCCGGAGCCUGGAGUUCUGGCUCAAGGUCGGGAUCUCGGCCGGCACCGGCGCCGCCAUCGUCCUGGCUGCCCUCGCUGCCUACUUCUGGAAGAAGAAUCAGAAGCUGGAGUACAAGUACUCGCGGCUGGUGAUGAACGCGGCGGCCAGGGACAGCGAGCUGCCGGCCCCGGACAGCUGCGCCAUCAUGGAGGGGGAGGACGCCGAGGACGAGCUGGUGUUUGCCACCAAAAAAUCCCUCUUUGGCAAAAUCAAGUCCCUCACUGCCAAGCGAACGCCGGAUGGUUUCGACUCGGUGCCGCUGAAGCCGUCGGGUGGCAGCGCCCUGGAGCCGUGACGGGGGGAGGGGGCACCCCCAGCCCCCCAGCCCCCACCCACCGUGGCCUUAGGGAUCAGCUUCGGGUUGGCUUUUGUAGGGGUGUGUGUGAGGGGGGUCCCCCAAGCCCCCCCUUGUGUGUGUGUGUGUGUGUGUGUGUGUGGGGCCCCUUCACCAAGCACCAAACCAAUGCCAAAUAUAUGUAGGGGGGGUUG